AAAAAAAAAUCGAAUUUUUUUUUCCGCUAGGUUGGUGUAACCCCUUAAUAAUUGUUUGCUUGUUAUUGUUCAAAACUAAUAUCGUAACCUUGUAGAUAUGUAUUUGUACAUAUAUCCGACGUUGCAUAUAUUUUAUAUUUUAGAUUGGUCUUUCACUGCCAUCCGAACAAGAACUUACAAAAAUCAGUUUGCAGCCAUUUCUACUAGCAGUUGGUUCUAAUCAACAAGCAAUCAGCAAUUUUUAUGUGGUCUUUGAUGGAAAGCUUUUGCCAUGUCCUCCUCACACGUCAAGUAUUAGCUCCUUUGACACUCUAUUUAAAACUCAUUAUGUAUUUGGCUGUAAAUAUGAAGAAUCAUUAGAAAUAUUCUGGAAAUUUGUGCAGAUGAUAUUCUAUGAUAUUGAUGUUCAUAAUCAUAAUUUUACUCCAAAAAUGCGUGAAGUACGUGCUCGUAUUUUUGUAACCGUGAAUUUUUAAUUAUGAUGUGCUACGGAUAGCCGCGGGUAAUUCAGGGUUCGGGCGGCGGGCUGGUUGAAUGAAUAACGGAGGCAAGCGGUAUAUAUUUAUAACUAUGAUUUAUUCUAAUAUAUGCCUAUCUAAUAUAUACAGGUUCCCUACUCUAAUAUGUGCAACUUACAACUAAGAUCUCGCUAUGCGAGUCGCGGGCGAUUGGUUAUGGCGACGUGUGUCGCGGAGCGCAUGUGCGCGUUGAGUAUUCGGUGCCGGAUUGGCUGCGGCGGGCGUACGGCCCAUGUAUCGGUCGGUGAGUCGAUCGACGGUAGCGGCCGGUCUUACAGACUACGAUGCUCGUGGCGGUGUAAUGUGUGGCGGCGUUCGUGUCGGUCGCGGCGGUAGCCGGAUUGGCUGCGGCGUUACGGUCGCGGCUACGCGGUACAGUGCGGCGUUCGCAUUCGCCGAGUCGGUCGGUGCGGCGUUAUGACUGGCCGCGGCGGUGCGCGACUGCGCGGUGCGGCGCGGAGCUUGGCUCGACAGCCACGGUGAUCAGCUGUUUGACAAUCAGCUGUUGUUAUCGUCUAGGAAUCAUCCCACGUGGAUGAUCCUCCGCGUCGGCGGUUUCCCCUCAGUGCGGGGUCCCCGUGUACGGUCGGGAUCGGUAGCUCAGUACGCGUACCGGGAUCCGGGUGACGAGCGGGGCGGUGUUCUGCCACUGCGUGGCGCGAGGAAGCGCUCAGUGCGCGCUAGUAAGGAAGCCGGUUUUAGGUUAAGUUCGGCACUCAGUGCGUGCUCUGGAUACUCAGCUCAAUUCGCUGAGAGGAUCGGUCGGCUCAGUUCGCUAGACCGGGGAGAUCUGCUUUCUUAUCACCAGCGGAGGGCUUUUAUAGCCCCCGUUUGGUGACAAGAGGAGCGGAGAUGUGCGGGGAGACCGAGAUAAGCGGAGGAGACUACACGAGAAAAAUCCGAUGUUUGAUCAUAUUGCCGUUGGCGAGAAUGGCAUUAAACCUCCUAUAAUAAUUUAUAAAUGGCCUUCAAUGGAUAUCGUGACAAUUUUACAUAAUGGAACGCUGAAAUCCUAUUGUCAUUUAACAUACAGCGCAGAUGGUUUAUUGCUGGUGUCACAAGGAGGAUAUCCAGAUUACACAAUUACUCUUUGGAAUUGGCAGAAAACUGAAAUAGCAUUAAAAUGCAAAUCUUACAAUCAGGACGUUUACAAUGUAACGAUAUCUCCAUCGUUACCUGGAUAUUUAGUGACAAGCGGCUCAGGACAUAUAAAAUUUUGGAAAAUUUCCAAAACAUUUACCGGACUUAAAUUAAAAGGCGAAAUUGGUAGAUUUAGACAGACAGAGAUUUCUGACAUUGUGGGCGUAUAUAUUAUGCCAGAUGGAAAGAUUGUAUCAGGCUGCGAAUGGGGAAACAUUUUAUUAUGGGAAGAAGGCUUAAUUACUUUCGAAAUAUGCAGAAAAAAUCGGCAGCCAUGUCAUGCUAAGCCAAUCACACAAUUUGAAUAUAUAAACGGAGAACUCAUCUCAGUUGGUAUGGAUGGAUGGAUUCGAAUUUGGUUCUAUGAAACUAUAGAUCAAGCAUAUUUCUACAACGGACAACGUUUCCUAGAGAUUCAACCUAUAUAUGAAUAUUAUAUCGGUGACAAAGCUAAUGGUUCAAUGCUAAUGUGUAUAUGCAAGCAGGAGCCAGAUAAUCCAAAAAGUACAUUUUGGUAUGCUCAAGAUGGAAAUGGUGGAAUUUGGCUAAUAGAUUUACGUACCUUGAAAGCAGAAAUACCACAAAAAGUAUUCACUUGCCACGCGGGAGCUAUAGCUGACAUAGAUAAUGCAACGUGGGGUCCCUUUAUAGCUGCGCUUGGUAAAGCAGGACAAUUGCAUAUUUAUAAUUACCUAAAGAAAAAAUUAAUCCUGGUACAUAAAUUUAAUGAUAUUGGCAGUCAAGUUGUUUGGUUUCCAUGCCAGAUUGAAGCAACAGGAUCAACACUUGUUUGUGCCUUCGAGAGUGGUAUUAUUCGUAUAGUUGCUGUAGCGGUAUCAUCGGCUGACGCCACUGAUGAUAUAAAAAGAGAUUACGUCAGGCUGAUUCAAAUCAUAAAACCGCACAAAAUGGCGAUAACUGCAAUGUCUCUAAAUCCAUCAUAUCGCUUAUUGGUGACUGGUAGUGAAGAUUCAACAGUAUUUAAUUUCGCCAUUACGGUAACCGAAAGUUUUCCUGUUAUUACACCAAUUGGCUUUAUCAAAGUACCUUCGGGAGUCACAUGUCUCACGUGGAAACUACAAUGUGAAACAACAUUAUUAAUCGGAUGUUUAAGAGGUGAUUGCGUAGAAGUUGUAUUACCGAGCAUAUCUCAAACUUACACUACCGCUUCGUACGAACUCAUUCAUUGUCAACCGAAAGCGUUUAAAUUCCAUUCCGUAAAAUCUACUAUACGAAGAGAAUUAAUACGUCUUCAUCGAGAAAAAGAAGGUAAGGAGAAGGUAGCAAAAAAGUGUAAAGAACUAGAGCGAUUAAUAACUGAAAGUCCUGGACUAGAAAUUAACGAAACUUAUCUCGGUAUAAAAGAAGAAAAACCGUUACCAGAAAUCUACAUACCGAAAAUACCCAAUAAAGUAUUAAUGGCACAAUACAUCAGUCGUGAUAUUAUUUGGUUGUCAAUGGCGGGAUUUGACGCAGGAUAUAUGUAUGAAUAUUCAAGUCCGGAAGUUACCGAAGUAAUUGGAGAGGAGCCAAUUAAAAGCACCAUGAUACACGAUGCGGACGACGUAGAAAUACGAAGUUGUCUCUUCUACAAAAAAAGAAAAUACUUAUUUUUGGGAAUGGAACACGGACAAAUACGGGUUUGCAAAUGGAAACCCCAAAAUUAUACAGAUCUUUCAGAUUAUUGGAUACUUCCGAUGCACGAUAAUUAUAAUGGCUACAUCCCAAAGAUAAUUCUCAGUCAUAAUCAAAAGAUGCUAUUUACGUGUGGACAUGACGGAAAUUUAUUUUCUUAUGAAAUAAAAGAUGAUACACCGCUGGAAAGAAUUGAAUUUGAGAAAAUCAAAAGGAUCUUGUCCUUGCCGUACACUAGUAUUGAAGAUAUCGAAGAAAUUGAUUAUCCAAGUUUAGAAGAGACGAUUCAGCAAAUUGAAUACGAUAGAAUUGCAACUGCAGCGAAGCAGAGUAAACAGCAGACCUUGGAAAUAUUAUUCACAUUGAGCGAAGAAUAUAGGAAGAUUGUGGAAAGAAAUAAUGCGUUGCCAAAGUCUCAUCAAAUAACUUACAAAGAAUGGGAGCUGGAUCCUAGAAUUACAGUUGAUUUGAAUAAAGAAUUGGAUACGGAAAUAGCCGUGGUACGCGAGAAAUUGGCGUUUAAAGUGGAAAAAAGCGAACUUGGUUUGCAGAAAUUAGUAGAAUAUUUUGUUCGACCUAUUACAUGUAUACCAUUUGUCAUCUCCAAAAUAUUAAAACCGGAAAAAAUUGUAUUUUCUUUACGCCAGCAAGUCUUGGACAUUGACGUUCCUUCACAGCAUAUCGAUACGACAAAACAUACACACGAAAAAGAAGAGAAUGAAAAUAGUAUAAUGGAUGGCAAAAUGGAACAUUAUAAGAAGCAACAAGAACAAGAUAAAACAGAAAUAAGCGAUGAAAUUAAAAUAGCAGAAAUCAGACCAGUCGCAGAAUUUUUAAAGGACAUGAAUUACGAAGAUUUAGACAGCAGCCUGGGAAUUCAAUUAAAUCAAAUGUUACGUAAAUAUAUCUUGAGGAAAACUAAAUUGGAACAACGCGAGAAAGAAUGGAAAGUUAUAUAUAAUGACAAACCAGACAUAACUACCACUCAUACGCACGAUAUAUUGGUUAUAGAGGAAGCAAACAAAACUAUCGGCGAUUAUAAAUUAAAGACAUCUUCCACUUUCAAUUUGCUGUCGGAAGAACGAGAUACUAUCUCUUCGAAAUAUGAAGAAUUAUUAAACUGUCAAAAAAAGCUUUACUAUCAGCAAGAAAUUUUCAACACGAAAUUGAAAACUGUGAGAACAGAAAAGGAGCACUUGCACACGGAAGUACUUUAUUUCAUAAAAACACUUAAAAAGAUUCAUGCUGAAAUACCAUUGAAAAGCGUAAAACCUUUGCCAAUUAUACCUACGGUAAAUAUUGAUAUAGAAUUUCUCGAGAAAAAGAUCGAGGAAUAUACAUUAAAAGUAGAUAAACAGAGAGGAACAACAUUAAUUUUACCGGAGCAGACAUUUACUUGUCCAGACGAAGAAUACGAAGUGUUGCUUUUAGAUGAAAAAUUUUCGGAAAACACACAAACUUCCAAUGGAUCGUUCUCCGUUGCAGAAAAAAAGAUUAAAAUUCAACCCGCAGUCCAAGAUAACAUAAAAUUACUUCAUUUGAGAGACGAUGUCGAAAGUCUAUGGGAACGGGAGAUGAAAUCUUUUCGCAUGCUACGCAAAAUGUACGAGCAGGACAACAUAUUAAGACAUGUACAAAUCAGCUGCGAAAAUAUAGACAGGAAGUUAGACAAAUUGGAACGCGAUAGGUUGGAUAUUGUCGCUGAAAAUGUCAACCUUAAUUUAUUCUUAUUAACGCUCCGUCAGGAAUAUAUUAUUUUGAAAGAAUUCGAGACAAUGGAGAAUAUAUUGCAUGACCAAGUUAAUCGUAGCUCAGAAGAAGUAGCAGCAGUGAAGCAGAAAAUACAGACGACAACCGAUAAAAUUGACGUUAAAACCAAGGAAAUUACAAGAUUACGUAACCAGAUUAAAGAUAUCUUUUCUGAAUACAUGCAUCGAGUAAACGAUAAUAAGUUCCGUAAUUUUCUAAAUAAAAUAUUGAAAAAAAAAUAUAAAGAAGCAAAAGAAGAAGAUGAAACCACUACAACGACUGAAACAGAAACAGAUGAAACAGACGAUGGGGAUAAUGGAGAAUCUGAAUUAAUUUACCUUGAUGAAAACGUGUGUCCGCCAGGAUGUGAUAGAACACUAUAUGACUUGGCAUUUUCAAUGAGAGAAAAACGAUACGUCUGUGAACAUCAAAUUAGAGAUGCGCAACAAGCUGUGGAAACACUUAAUAAGGAGAUUCAAAUUCAUAUAAAGAAGCUAAAAAUUACAGAAAGUGGUUUAAAGAAAAACGAAGACGAUUUAAAAAUAUUUAUGCUUAAAAAACAACGGAAAUUAAACGAUGUGGAUGUCACGGUACUAAUGGAUUUGCAUCAGCUGCAGUAUUUUGAAGAGUCCCAGAUCCCAUCUAAGGUGCGCAAUUGUGUGGUAUUCGAUAAGAAGAAAUUAUCUAAACUAUACGCAAGAAUACAAGAGUUAUACGAGGAAACACUUGAAUUACACGUUAAACAUAAACAAACUCAAACGCAUCUACAGAAAAUUAAACUCGAUUGCAAUCACAUGCGUGUCAACAAUAAAAAUUUGAAGAAUGAGAUAAAAUUGCAGAUAAUGAACAAAUUUGGCCAAAAUGUGUCCUUAAAUAAAUUAUAUGAAACAAUACUUCGUCGAAUAGUAUAUGACAUUAAGGCCAAUUUGAACGAGACAACGGCGUAUUUCAUUAAACGAAUCAAACAUAUCAAAGAGAAUUACACGCAAGAAUUAAUCAUAUUUAACAAGCUGGUCCGAGAACAUACGCAAAAGUUGAGCUUUUUAACACUUUUAGUGGAAGAGCAAUCGAAACUUCAAAAACUGUUAAAGCGACGCAUCAUGUCAGACGAUGAUAUGCUACAGUUGGAGGAAAAAUAUAAAAAUGAUGUAAUAAAGCUAGAAAGUAUCCUUGAAAAUCAAGUGCGACAGAAACAUUUAUUUCGAAACGACAUCAAGAAUCUUAGAUUAAAAACAAAGUCGCAUCCAGUCCAGUGUAAGAAAAUAGCAUCCAGUGAUAAAGGUGGAAUUAUCCAGAUAAAUAUGAAAAGAUAUCUUACGUUGUAAUAUUUUAGUAUCAUUAGUCAUUAUCGUUUGUUUUAAAAAAAUAGAUAAAUGCAUAAAUACUGUUUUCUUAAUUUUAUUUUAAAUAAUAGUUGUAUGUAUAAUAAAUAUAUAAAACGUAUUUAAAUAUUGAUUUUACAGGAACACUUUGAAUCUGUUAUAGACAAGAAUAGACAAGAAUAGACAAGAAACACUUUAAACUUUGAUAACUUUUAGAUAUAUCAUUAUAAAUUAAAAUAUUAAAAUGUUAUAUCAUUAUAUAUUAUAUAUGUAAUAUUUAUUUAGUAUUCAAAAGAUAAAUAGUAGUUA